CUCCCUUCCCCCUCCCGUCGCCAUGACAGUGCGCGGGAGGGGGUGGUGACCAGGUACCAACAACGCGGCUGCCACCGUACGGUCCCUCCCAUCCCGGUCACCCGGCCCCGAAGAGCGAGGAGUCCGGCUCCGUCCCUUUCGUUCCGCCUGUUCGGUCCUGUCUGUUCCGCUCCGGGGUAGCGCGGCGCUGAGGGGGGGCGGGGACUUCCCUAGGCAACCGCCCGAGGGGGGGAGGGGUGAAAAGCGCGUAACCGUCACGUGACGGGGGGAGAAGUUGUGUGCGCGUGACGCACUUUUUUGCGGGCGCGCGCGCGCACGAGGUGACGUGUUUCAGGUAGGCUGGGGAAGGAUCGCGUGCCGUGGGGGCGGGGCCGGCCAGGUUGGAGUUCGGUGGGUGAGUGUCCGCGCGGGGAGCUGGGCCAGGGUCGGGCCAGCAGCAGGAGCAGCAGCAGCGCUGGGGCCCAAGCAUCGUGCAGUGGGUGGGUCCCAUCCGUUUCCUGCCUCCCCCUGUCCCGGUGCCGUGGUGUGACUGGCGCCCAGCUCCGCUGCCUAGGCAGUGCUGGCUCUCGCAGGGGCUGUCGUGCUCCCUGGCUGCCUCCCCUGGCUGCCACAGCGGGCACUGCCCCGCCAGCAACCCCCAGAGGGCGAGAGCCACCCUCUGCAGACUGGGAGCCUGCACUUUGAAAUAACUUCUCGGUUUCGCGUCCUGGCGGCUCCGUGUUGUCGUUGCUAGUAUGAGUGGCAGCCGGGAGAGUCUCCCCAACCAGGUCCUGGCCCUGUUGCCCAAAGUGUUUGCAGUCUGAGCUUAAAAGCGAACGUACACGUGGGUGAAACGUACGCGCGGGGAAGAAGGUGACCGCGAUGGACCUGAGUCUGCAGGCAGACAGCGCUAGUGGCACUGCUGCUCCUUGGGAAAGCCACGGGCUGACUCUGGUAUUUAGGUUCCUGUGGCAGCAAUGCCGGAACAUGUCAGUUUCAGGCUACAGCUUGAGGAAACUGUGGGUGGUAGACAUGAGUACUGGAGUUAUUCUCAGAGGGAAGAGGGUCUGCAAAAAGAGUAGGGGAGCUUCCCACCCAUUCCUCAGAAGAGCCUGAAGGAGGGGAGGAAUGGCAAAGCCCCUUCCAACAGCUGUCAAAAGCCUGUGGCAGAGGGGAGAAAAAGAUCCUUUUCUAGGCGUGGGUGGUGUGAUUUGUACAAGGGUACACUCCCUGAACCAUAUUUGGGGAAGUGUGGAUUCGAUCUGCUACUGUAUGUACUAGAGUGGGAUUAGAGUAUUUUGUUUAUUAGGCCAAAUCUCCCCUAAAACGUGUGAACAGCAACAAAUAUGUUAGUCUGUAACCACUAGAGAUGCUCCCGUCCUUAUCCUGGAACGGACUUAAGAAUUCCAGAAGUCCCAGUGUUACUUUGUUGUCAGCAAAUAUCUUUGAAACUUGCUGUCAAAGUAUGUGUCUUAUCCUUCUAGUGACCGGUCCUCAGUAAACAAGUCUGCUGCUACUGCCAGUUAAGUGGUAGAAGUCUGUGCUGUGGAGCUAAAAAUGCGCGCCCCCCUUCCCCCCGACCCUAAUGACAUGUAGAGUGGUCAGUAUAAAAAAAAUAUGGUAUGUUGUUGUUUUUUGUUUUGGUUUGAUAAAGCUUGUGAGGAAACUGCCAAUUUUGUAUGCAGUGCAAGGUUUGGAUGAUGUGCAGGAAAUAAUGCAUGGGGCCCCACACUGAUGGUGAAGAUGAAAAUAUUGAAUAGCUAUCCCAUUCAGUGCAUGAAUGAUGGGUCCUGUGGAAACUGUUAUACGUCGUUAGGGUGUAUCAUAGUGCAUGUGCACAAGGAGGCUGAAUUAAGGUUGAAUGGACUACCUUGGUUUUGGUAUUUUUUAACUUUUGAGUGCUUGAUAUUGUAACAUUCAUAUUUUAACAACAUAUUUUACAUGUAAUAUCAAUUUUAAGUGUGUCAAUGCAGUGAUUUACACUGGUUUAACCAGAUUGAUCUUCAAAAUUGAUUUUUAGCUAAAUCAAUGCAAUUUGAGUCUAUGGGCUGGGCUUAGAAUGCACGGGAGACUGUAAACCCAUCAGAUAUUUACCUUUAGGAAUAAUCAAAUUGUAGCUCAUCCAACAGACUAACAUUUCCAGUGUAAGUUCAUAGACAAAACAAACUAGGGCCCUGCCCUUGCAGUCGGAUCCAUGUAGGAGGAUCCUUAUGCUUGUAUGGGUCCAGUUGCAGGAUCAAGCCUGCAGCCUGUUAGAUCCCCCCCCCCCCUUUGUAUCUUUAUGAGCAGUCUUAAGUCUUUGUCCCCAUUAAAAAGGGUUUCCCUGUAUAGCUGUACCAGCUAAUCCUCCUUGUGUAGACAAAGUUUAUACCAGCAAAAGAUUUCUUUUGUCAGUAUAGCUUAUACCAGUUCUCUGAACAAAAUAAACUGUACUGCUAUACUCGUGUUUGCUAUCAGGCUAUAUUAGGUUAGGGGUGUUUCCCCUCUCCCUCUCCAUCCCAUUUUCCUAAGUGACAUAGUCUAAAAGAACAAAGGUGGGCUAGAAAGCAAAUUGUAACAGCUCAAGAAAGGGAUUAUAUUCUUAAAUUUAACUUCUGCAGGUACAGCUAGAAGCUGAAGUAAAUAAUGCACCAAUGAUUGAGUAUUGCCAGGCUUUCUUAACUCAAUGACAUCUGUGCCAAUGAUACCAGAAUCUUACAGCCAUGUAUUGGCAGAACUUGAGUGUUUGGAUCCAUUGCUUUCUGCGCUCAGGUUGGAUUCUAGCCGUCUGAAGUGCACAUGUAUAGCUGUGUCUCGGAAAUGGCUGGCUCUGGGCAGUUCAGGAGGGGGAUUAAACCUGAUUCAAAAAGAUGGUUGGAAACAGAGGCUGUUCCUCACUCAUAAGGAAGGUGCCAUUUCCCGGGUUGCCUGUUGUUUACAUGAUGAAGAUUAUGUUGCUGUUGCCACCAGUCAAGGCCUUGUAGUGGUCUGGGAACUCAAUCAGGAGCGUCGUGGAAAGCCAGAGCGGAUUUAUGUUUCCACUGAGCACAAAGGCAAAAAAGUCACAUCUCUUUGUUGGGAUACAGCCGCACUUCGAGUUUUUGUAGGAGAUCAUGUGGGAAAAGUGUCUGCUAUCAAGAUUAAUACAUCCAAACAAGGGAAGGCAGCUGCUGCUUUUGUGAUGUUUCCAGUUCAGAUUAUAACCACUGUUGACUCCCGUGUAGUUCAGCUUGAUUAUUUGGAUGGAAGACUGCUUAUUUCUUCACUUACUCGCUCCUACUUGUGUGAUACUGAGAGAGAAAAAUUCUGGAAAAUUGGUAACAAAGAAAGAGAUGGAGAAUACGGCGCCUGUUUUUUCCCAGUUGGAAAGAGUUGUGGGAGCCAGCAGCCAUUAAUAUAUUGUGCACGUCCUGGGUCGAGGAUGUGGGAGGCGAACUUUGAAGGGGAGGUGCUAAGUACCCAUCAAUUCAAACAGCUGCUCUCAUCUCCUCCUCUCCCCGUUAUUACUCUAAGGUUGGAUCCUCAGUAUAAUACUUCCGCCUGCUCCCUCCAGUCUUUGUCUUUCCCAAAACUAUUAUAUUUGACCGAGCAUUGUGUUAUGACGUGGACAGAAAGAGGCAUUUAUGUCUUCAUUCCUCAGAACGUUCAAGUUUUACUUUGGAGUGAAGUAAAAGAUAUCCAGGAUAUAGCAGUGUACAGAAAUGAGUUGUUCUGUCUGCAUACGAAUGGAAAAGUCUCGCACUUCUCUCUUCUGCUAGUCGAGCGGUGUGUAGAACGUCUGCUAAGAAGAGGUUUCUGGAGUCUUGCUGCCAGAGUCUGCUGUCUUUUCCAGAACUCUAUUAUUUCCUGCAGAGCAAGAAAAUUUUUGCCUCUAGACAAACUAGAACACUUGAAAUCACAGCUGGACCUCUCAACCCAAAGUGAUGUCAGUAGCCAACUGGAAGAAUUGAUAUCAAAGCUGGAACCUUUAGAUUCUGCAUGCAGCAGCAGAAGGAGCAGUAUUUCAUCACAUGAAAGUUUCAGUGUCUUAGACUCUGGAAUUUAUCGUGUUAUUAGUCGAAGAGGCAGUCAGUCAGAUGAAGACUCUUGUUCCCUAAACAGCCAAACAUUGUCAGAAGAUGAGAGACUUAAAGAGUUUACUGCACACCAGGAAGAAGAGCAGGUGGAGCUUGACAACGUAUCUCAUGCUUCUGUGGUGGUUGAGACUGAUCGGAAUGAGACUUUUCUCCCAUUCAGUAUUCCAUUGUCAUUUCGUUCACCAUCUCCUCUGGUCUCCCUCCAAGCUGUCAAGGAAAGUGUUUCCAGCUUUGUACGCAAAACCACUGAAAAGAUUGGCACCCUUCAUAUGAGUCCUGAUGUCAGAGUGAGGCAGGAAAUAAAAGAUGAUGAUGAGUCUCAUGAAGUGACUGCAAGUAUAGCCACGCAUUCCCAGGAAGAAGAUGAAAACGAAGUGGAACUACAGAGCCAGCCUCAAGAAGAGGAUCGGCUAAGAGAUCUCGAGGUAGCAACGACAGAAGCUAUAAACAAACUGCAAGAUCCACUGGUUUUGUUAGAACCACAAUGCUUGAGAGGAGUUUUGCAGGAGUGGUUUUUGUAUCUGGAAGAAACAUUUGGUUUCAAAGAGCCUUCCUUUUCAGGUGACUGCUUAUCCAUUAAGAAAGUUAAGAAGGUGCUUGCUGAAGAACAGAGUGAGGUUUUAGAAGAAAAUAUUGCACCAGAGCAACACAGUGAAGAUCAUGUAGGCAAAGGACAGACAGAUGCCUUGCAAGGAAUUACUGAACAGGAUCAAAGUAGCGAAGCUCAUUUUGGCAGAGAAGUGUGUGAAAAUGAUGCCAGUUCAAAGGGAGCCUCAGACCAUGUUUUUCAAGUGUAUCCUCCAUGUCUCAUAGCGCACGAUAUUCAAAAGGACCUAAUGGAGUUGACAACAUUAUGUUUUGAAUUAAAUGUGUUUCCUUGCGAGAAUGGGAAUGCGGAAGAAAGUGCUGAACAGGAUUUACAGCGAACAAUGUCAUGGGUCUUGGCUUGCCAGUUCAUAAAGGACUAUUUCUUUCUCUUGGAUUUAAAAAGACUGAAGCGAUGUAUUACAAUCAAUUACACUAGUAGCCCCAGUGUUUGGGAAACUUACAUGGAGGGAUUGAAAGAACUGACUCACGCUAGUCCAGUGACUCUGGCAAUGGAAAAUGGAGAUAUGUUGAAAAUAUUAAAACUGUUAAAUGACUUGGGGCCCUGGGAUAGUCCUCUGUUAUUGGCACAUGCUCAAAGGCUCUAUGAAAAGUUUGGGGAAACAGCUAUAAGGCCCUUGAUCAAGUUCUACCCAUCAAUCUUGCCCUCUGACAUCAUGCAGCUUUGUAGACAUCACCCUGCCCACUUUUUAGCAUAUUUAGACAGUCUUGUUAAAUCAAAGCCAGAAGAUGAAAGGUCGUCCCUGCUUCAAUCUCUUCUUAAUCCUGAAGCAUUACGACUGGAUUGGCUGUGUCUGGCAGUUUCCCAUGAUGCGCCACAAAGAACAAAUACAGUGGAUUCUGAAGGAAACCCUAGACCACGUUCACAUUUGUUUACCUGGGGCUAUAGCCAACUGAUUUUGCUUCUGAUUAAACUCCCAGCUGAUUUUGUAACAAAAGAGAGGAUGGCUGACUGCUGCAAGUCAUAUGGCUUCUGGCCUGGAUAUCUCUCUCUGUGUUUGGAGCUGGAUAGAAGAAUAGAAGCCUUUACUAAUAUUGUUCAUUUGGAUGAUAUGAACCUGUUCGAUGGAGAACAUGGCUCAAUUCCAGAGACCGUGGAAGAAUGGAAGUUCCUUCUCCAUCUUGCACAAAGUCACAGCACUGACCUCCACUAUCAUGGUACACAGAAUGGGAAUACUGUCGGCAAUGGUAGCACUAAUUGGUCAAACUGCAUUACUGUUGAAAAUGUAGCUCUUUUGUUGGCUAAGGUAAUUGGCCCAGAUCGUGCCUUGCCAGUAUUGCAGGAGUGUGAUUUGACGGCUGAAUUCUCUGAGAGAUUUACCAGGAUCUGUGAAAUACUGAGAAUUGCUGAAAAAAGGCAAAGAGCCCUGAUACAGUCCAUGUUGGAAAGGUGUGACCGUUUUCUGUGGUCUCAGCAGGCAUAGCAAAUAUUCCAGGAAACACUGAAAUGAAGUUGUGUACUGUGCAUCUUCUACAUUAAAUUGCCUCUUAAGUUUCAUCAUCUCUUAAAGAAACAAACUCUUGUCCACACAAUGAUGUAUGCAGCCACACUGCAUGAAAAUAGCACCUGAAUUGGGUUUUCUUCUACAACUCGUCCUAAAUAGUUUAAAACGUGCUUCUAAAACUGGUUUUAGAAAUUGUUAGGUUGAAAUACUCCAAUGUUUAUGUUGAAAUUAAGACCACAAGUGUCUAACAGAUUUGGGUUUUUUUACAAUAGGAUUAGAAGUGCUGAAUGAACUUGGUAAUAACUCUGCAUGAAUUAAAACAGUUGGUUAAAAGUACAGUCUUUUGAACAUUAAAUUAUGUUUGAAAAUAGUGUAUUUUGCCUUCAGCUGCUUUUCUGUGGGUUGGUUAAGAUGUAAAUUUCAAACAGAUUAAUUCUGUGUAUACUGUGAGUAUGAGCAGCCCCUGCUGGUAAAUGUUAAGACUCACCCAAACUGUUUUCCCCUUCUGACAUUCACUUAUGCCAAUGGCUGCAGUGAAUCCAUGCAAGAAUGCAGAUUUUUCCUUAAUUGUAUAGAAUAUCUGUUCUUUUGAUUUAUUUCUUGGAAUAGCUAUAUCUUUAUCUUAAGAGCUAUGUAAAAUAAUGUUAUGGGGUAUUCAUUGCAUAUUGUUGAAAUAUGCAUUAAAUCUUUGAAAUACUCAUUUAUUAAUAGACCACUGAAAAGACGUGUAAACACAGCAUUCAUAAAUUGUAUGAAUCUGUCAUGAGGUCAUCUUCAGAUAAAUUACCACACAAUGAACAUAUCUUUAGAUGUCAAUAUUUCAUAACUGAUUUUUGAUCUUUUUGGAAGAAAUGAUGUAACUGCAUACUUUUUUAUCUAAAAUUGCCUUAAAAAAAGUAUUUUAAAGGGAGGCUGUCAAGUUAAGAAUCAUAUUUUUUAAAAACCUUUACCUCUGUUAAGAUAAACAUUAGAUUAUUAAAACUGAAUAUUUAAAACACCCAGUUUUAUUUAAUCAUUUGCAAAAACUAGCUUUAUACCUAUUCUGUUUACUCUGUGAACUUCCUAGAGCUUAGAUAGUGAAAACAGACUAGUGAGAUUUACUUUUGGUUUUAGCUUAUUUCAAUUUAUAGCCUCAUUCACUAGCACAAUCCUAUAAUAUUUAGGCAGUAGUCAAACCCCAAAGAACUAACUCCCUAUAAAAAAAAAUUGUCAUUUUUUCCCUCAUACACCGACAUUUUGUGAGUAAAUUUAUUUGACAGUAUCCCUUUAAAAUAAGAGCCUUUAUAUGUUUUAUGUAUAUAGUUUUGUCUCCAUUGUUUGCUGCAUUCCAAAUUAAUGGUUUUGUUUUAUUUUAUUUAAAAAUUAAUUAUUUUUUGGUCAAUGUGAGUUUUAUCUGUGAAGUUUGGGUCUGAUAUAUAAAACUACAGUUAGAUGGGUAACCUCUUUGUCUCAGUUGCUAGUACGAGUCACUCCCUUAUGGUGGCGUGUUUCAUAGCUCUUCUGGUGUGGGAAUAAAUGUCUACAGAAAUAGGCCCAGUGGCAGGAAUUUCAAACCUUAAGGUUCCUGUCUCGGAAAAGCCAACAAAACGUCCUCUUUCAAUUUCAGUUUUUCCUGGCGUUGAGAUUUUCAGCUGAAGUUGGGAAACAGCACAAAUGUGCCAUCCUAUACCUUCAGGCACACCAUGUCUUAUUUAUCAUAGGUGUAAAAAGGAUUGGAAGUCAGGUACUCCUCUGUCAUCCUAACUUUGGUAUUGAUAUGCCAUGAGGCUUAGAACAAAUCACGUUACCUUUCUGUGCCUGUUUCCCUCCCUCUACAAAGAGAACACUUCUACCUCAUGUGGGUGUUAGAAUUAAUUAGUUCAGUUUUAUACAGCACUUCAAAGAAGUAAAGAUCUAUAUAAGUGGAAGAAUCAACUGUCUCAGGAAAAUACAUAACCAGUGCUCUUUGUCAAAAGUCUAGCGAAAUCUCUUCAGUUUAGAGGAUAAACAGCUGAAAGCUUUGUGUACAUAAUAACCUUUAUUUUAAAACGCACAAUUAACAAUGCUGACUUUUACAAUAUAUCACAAACUUUCUUUCAAAGAGCUUGUUUUUCAUUUUGCAUAGCACUGUUCAUAUUAACCAGUUCUACAACAAUAUUUAAGUUUAUUGCACCUAAAAUGAACUUGUAGUCAUGGUUUCAACUAAUUUUAAGAGAUUUCAAUAAAAAAGAAAAGUGUUUAGA